AUGCUUUCCUCAUUGUACAGAAGAGUUUUUGGCUCUAAACCAGUCCAUGUCGAGCCAUCCGUGCCCAUAAAAAGACGCCUCAACCAUUCGAUCUCUAAGCCUUUGGUUUGGAUCGACUGCGAGAUGACCGGGUUGGACAUCCAGCGCGAUUUCAUCAUCGAGAUCUGCUGUAUCAUCACCGACGGCCACUUGAACAUAAUUGAUGAAGAGGGUUACGAAAGCACGGUGCAUGUUCCCAAAAAAGUCUUGGAUAACAUGGGCGAAUGGUGUGUCGAACAACACGGAAAGUCUGGUCUCACAGCUAAAGUGUUGGCCAACCCCCAGAAUACUUUGGCUAAGGUCCAACAAGAGCUCCUUGAAUACAUCCAGUCGUACAUUCCAGAGCCUCGCACAGCAUUGAUGGCAGGAAACACCAUUCAUAUGGACAAAUUCUUCAUGAUGAAGGAUUUCCCCAAGGUGGUUGACCACUUGCAUUACCGUUUAGUGGAUGUCUCGUCAAUCGCUGAGGUUGGAAAGCGUCAGAACCCAAAACUUAUGAAUCUCUGUCCAAGAAAACAGGCAAACCAUACGGCCCGCUCUGAUAUUAUUGAGAGUAUUAACCAACUUAAAUGGUAUACAGAGAACUACUUGCGUUCUGAUAUCCCUGACAAUCUUUCCAAGAAGGCUAAAAAGGAGAGCUCAGACUCUUCCGAGAUCCAAGAACCUGCUGCAAAGAAAGCCAAGGUCAACCCUGAAGAGGCCAAUGCCGAAAUCGUCGAGAUCGAGUCUACCGAGAUCGCUUCUGCUGAGCCAGAGGUUGUCGAGGAAGAAAUCAGAAUAGUUGAUGAUGCCAACGAGAGUAAGGCUUGA